AUGAGCAACGCAACACAGGGAAAGACGAGCUCACUGGCCACCGACACUGUGGUGUGGCGCCGUGAUUUUGUGAGUCGCCAUCGACGGGGGCAGGUUGCUGAUUGGGGUUUCAUCCAAGGGCGGGCCAUUCAAUCGAUCCUUGCCGUGUCCUGGCGGCGACCUGGACGGCACAAACGGCAAGGGAGCGUGAGAAGCAAACUUGGAGGCGCGAUUGAGCAGAAGCAAGUGCAGGAGCAGGAGCAGGAGCAGGAGCAGGAGCAGGAGCAGGAGCAGGAGCAGGAGCAGGAGCAGGAGCAGGAGCAGGAGCAGGAGCAGGAGCAGGAGCAGGAGCAGGAGCAGGAGCAGGAGCAGGAGCAGGAGCAGGAGCAGGAGCAGGAGCAGGAGCAGGAGCAGGAGCAGGAGCAGGAGCAGGAGCAGGAGCAGGAGCAGGAGCAGGAGCAGGAGCAGCGUUCGUACCAAAAGCACCACUGA